GGUAAACUACCAAAGGCGGCGUGUUAGCUUUUAGCUGAACAAAAUAAUUAUAGGAUUAUGCAUUCGCUGUUGUAAAACCUCUGUCACACUUGGUUUAGGCUAUUGACUGUAUAGACGCGGUUAGUGUGUAGCGCGUUUCUGCCAGUGCACUCAAAGGACCAACAUGCCUAUACAGUGUUGGCGUGCAAUAUGUGGAUUUAUUGGAUUUUGAAUCACAUGUUCAAUGUAACGUUUGUGAGAAUACGGGAUAUUGCAUUAGGUUUUUAGUUACAAGAGAUAAACUGCAUUUUGUGAUUGUGUACUAUAAUCAAUACGGAUUGAACUGGAACACAAAAUCAGCAUCGCAUAAAAUAUAACUUUGAUUUAAUAUAGUUUGUAAUUAAUAGACUAUUUCGACAAUUAAAAAGAGGCCGCACUCCAGCGCCGUCUAAACCAUAAAUAUGCCCCUCCAGAAAUGUGUACAAUACAAUCUAAGUUAUUGGUUACAGCUACAAGGCUACUCGUGGGUUUAAGUAUACUGCAAUUGCGUUUUAUUAAUGGUAUCGGUGAAGAGGGUGUUACUUAUUUCAUAUCAAGCGAGCAGACAAUAUUAAUAGGCUUCGUACGAUGAAGGUUCGUGUGUCACGUGCAUUUUCAUUCUUGACGCUUAUAUUGGGAGUGACAGGAAUACUGGCUUCCGUUAUAUAUUUUUCUAACUACGAUGCUAAUAUUGCACUGGUAAACAAAGUCAAUACAUCUACAUCUACGGAUUUUUCUAACUACGAUGCUAAUAUUGCACUGGUAAACAAAGUCAAUACAUCUACAUCUACGGAUUUUUCUAACUACGAUGCUAAUAUUGCACUGGUAAACAAAGUCAAUAUAGGCACCAUUAAGAUUGAUUUGCGAGUAAUUGUCAUAGUUUAUAAUCGGGCACAUUCCGUCCUUCGUUUACUAGAAUCUCUGAACAGGGCUGACUAUGAAAAUGACAAUGUUAAAUUGGAGGUCUGGAUAGACCGCUCUAUAAAUGGAACCGUGGACCCAUUAACGGAACAAACAGCGCGGGAAUUCCGGUUCCGUCACGGCGCGUACGAUGUGAUCGUGCAUCCACAAAAUGUUGGCAUAUAUGGACAAUGGUUAUCUACAUGGAAUCCCAACAAUAAUCCGCAAGAAAUAGCCGUGAUUCUCGAAGAUGACCUCGAGGUGUCACUGCAUUUCUAUAAGUAUCUGAAGCUUGUGCAUUCCAAAUAUGACCAUUACCCAGAAAUUAAUGGAUUUGCACUGCAAGGUCUGUCCAUUCAUCACGGGGUUAAAACAUGGCAGAGUUUCAUUAACUACACAGAUGGCCAGUGUGUGUACCUAUAUCCGGUCCUGGGAACUUGGGGAUUUUCGCCGAGCAGAAAAAACUGGGUUCGAUUCUUGGACUGGUAUGCGGAGGCAAGAAAUACAUCCGACUUUAAACCGGAUGUUCCCGGGAAUGUUGCGACCUCUUGGUAUAACACAUUUCUUGCACAGGGAAAGACGAAUACAAUGUGGUCAAUGUGGCAUAUUCACUUCGCCUGGAUGCACAAUGAGUACACGCUGUAUCCGAAUUUUAAAGAUCAUCAGGGUCUGACAACCAACUGGAUGGAGCCCGGCUUGCAUUACAAGGCGAACAGUUCGAGACAAUCGAACCCUCUUCUGGAGACCUGGGAACCCGGAUAUGAAAAUAUGCCAGCACUUCCGGCCCGUCUGGAUAUAGACGGAAACGUUUCUAGUCCACCAAUCCUUAAUAGUUAGCUAACGAACUAAAGUCCAUAUUUUCGUGUUUGUAGACGUUUACAGGAUCCCCAAGAGUGUGCUUUUCUGCAGUGAUGACUUAUUUACCCGCGUGAAAAGUUCUGACGAAUUAUGUAGCACAGCUGCCAUUCUAUAUAUAUAUGGAUAAUCUGAGUUUUCGCAGGGCAUGUUGUAGAGUAUGCCGAUGGUCAAUCUGGAUAAUGAAUGAGGACAGCUGAGGUGAGAAGCGCUCGUAUGGGCGGUCAACUGCGUAUAACCUAGGGAUCCUUUAUAUUUGCUGUUGUUUCUACUUCAGAGCAUUCCGGUUAUAACUGUGAUUCUUGGUGUUGUUGUUUUUUUUAAAAAUAAAGUUACGUUUGUUCAUAAUAUCUCAUAUGGUGUUAAAAUCAAAUUUGUGCGUUUGAAAUCUCAACCAAUAGUCACACUUUUUUUCAAAAUUACGGAUGCGGAAACGAUGUUAAUGGACUAAAACAGAUAUAGCGGUUUUAAAGAGAAGUCAUUUAAUGUAAAAAAAUAGAGUAAAGCUAAAGAGCUUCAGUAUAUGGACAUAAACAGUAUAAAAAAGUGAAAACAAAAAUGCUCGCCCUGCCAGGGCGCUUUGGAUUUAAAAAAAUCGCCUAGUUUUAAGGUAGAUGAGUAAUAAAAACAACAAGAACUGAA